AAAAAGGCCCAAACAAACUUACUAAAGUGGAGCUAGAAGAGAGGGAAGAGCCCACACAAGCAGAUAAAAGUAAUUCUGAAGACAAAAUGGAACUAGAAAGUGCAGCUGAAGUGCACAGUAACUUUGUAAAUGCACUUGAGGCGGUGUCUCGUUGGUAA